GUUGAUGAAUAGGCCGCUUUGCAUCAUCGCUCGCGUGCCUCAGGAGUGCAACUCAUCUGCUUCAGGCGACGAUGCUACUGCAGGUAGUAUCUGUGGUGAGCAAGACUCAUUAUCGCUUUUGCUGGCUCGACCACCCAUCCCGCCAUGCCACCUGCGCCACAAUCCGCCGAUGCGUUCCUCCAGGACGGCUCGGACGCCUUCCAUGCAUCGCUCGCCGCGCAGCUUGAAGCGUCCAUGGGCAAGGCCAUGCCGCAGAUGGAGAUCCGCUUCCAGGAUCUCGCCAUCUCGGCCGACGUCGCGGUCGCUACCAAGGACGGCCACGAGCUCCCGACCUUGCUCAACCACGCCAAGAAGUCGGUCAUGGGUCUCUUCAGCUCCAAGCGCACGAUCCGCAAGGAGGUGCUGCACCCGAUGUCGGGUGUCUUCAAGCCCAGCACGACGACGCUCCUUCUUGGCCAGCCCGGCUCGGGCAAGUCGUCGCUCAUGAAGAUCCUCUCGGGUCGCUUUCCCAUGCACAAGAACAUCACGGUGGGCGGCAACGUCACAUACAACGGCGCAAAGUCCGACGACGUCAAGGCGCAGCUGCCGCAGUUUACGGCGUACAUGAACCAGCGCGACUUUCACUACCCGACCUUGACCGUCAAGGAGACGCUCGAGUUUGCCCAUGCGUGCAGCGGCGGUGCCGCCGUGCCCCAGCGCGUCCUCGACUCGCUUGAGAACGGCUCGCCCGAAGAGAACGCGCAGGCCAAGGCUGUCAUCCAGUCGCUCUACAACGUCUACCCGGACAUCAUCACGCGCCAGAUGGGCCUUGUCAACUGCAAGGACACGAUCGUCGGCAACGCCAUGCUCCGCGGUGUCUCGGGCGGCGAGCGCAAGCGCGUCACCGUCGGCGAGAUGGAGUUUGGCAUGAAGCAAGUGUCGCUCAUGGACGAGAUCAGUACGGGUCUCGACUCGGCGGCGACCUACGACAUCGUCAAGUCGCAGAAGAGCAUGGCCGAGUCGCUCAAGAAGACGAUCGUGAUUGCGCUGCUGCAGCCGUCGCCCGAAGUCUACAACCUCUUUGACGAAGUGCUUUUGCUCAACGAAGGUCACGUCAUGUACCACGGUCCGCGGUCGCUGGCUCUCGAGUAUUUCGAGUCGCUCGGCUUCAAGUGCCCGCCCAAGCGCGACGUGGCCGACUUUCUGCUCGACCUCGGCACCCCUGAGCAGGCGCAGUACGUCGUCGACGCUACGACGUCGGUGCCGCGUACGCCAAGCCAGUAUGCGGACCUCUUCCGCAUGUCGACCAUCUACGCGACUAUGAUGAGCCACGUUGAGGGUCCGCACCACCCACUUCUCCUUGCGGACGCGUCCAAGCACUUGGCCGAGAUGCCGGCGUACCAAGUGCCGUAUGUGCAGAGCACCAAGAUGCUCAUCGCGCGCCAGCUCAAGGUGUUUUUGCGCAACACGGCGUUCGUCAAGAGCCGCUUCGUCAUGGUGCUGCUCAUGGGUCUUCUCUACUCGACGACGUUCUACCAAGUCAACCCCGAAAUGCCGGUCGUCGUCCUCGGUGUUAUCUUCACGGCCGUGCUCUUCCUCGCACUCGGCCAGGUACCGCUCAUGCCGGCGGUCCUAGAAGCUCGCGAGAUCUUCUACAAGCAGCGGUCGGCGCAGUUCUUCAAGACGUCGUCGUUCAUUCUGGCGCAGUCGUUCACCCAAGUGCCGUUCGCCUUGGGCGAGACGCUGGUGUUUGGCUCGGUCAUGUACUGGCUCUCGGGCUUCGUCGCCGAAGUCGGCGCCUUCCUAGUCUACCUCCUGCUGCUCUUUCUGACCAACUUGUCGUUUGCGUCGUGGUUCUUCUUCCUCGCGGUCGUCUCGCCCAACCUCCACGUCGCCAAGCCGCUCUCGAUGAUGUCGGUCUUGAUCUAUGUCAUGUUUGCCGGCUUUGCGAUCUUCAAGGACGACAUCCCCGACUACUUUAUCUGGCUCUACUGGCUCAACCCGCUCAGCUGGUGCAUGCGCGCGCUCUCGAUCAACCAGUACUCGGCAGGCGAGUUCCAAAAGUGCGUGAUCAAGGAAGGCGGCAUCAACUACUGCAAGCUCAAGGGCGACACGAUGGGCAACGUCAUGCUUGAGACGUUCGGCCUCGAGACCAAGAAGGUCUGGAUCUGGUACGGCGCGCUCUUUCUCGCUGCAUGCUACUUUGUGUUUCUCGGCAUCUCGUACCUCGCGCUCGAGUACAUUCGGUACGACACGGCGGCGCAUGGAAGCGUGCACGUCGCUGACGACGACGAGAGCACCGAGCACAGCAAGGGCGCCGACAUCUACGUUGAAGUGCCCAAGACGCCCGCUGACGCCCACGCGGUUCCCAUCGGCAGCACCGCGUCGACGUCGAUUCCCGUGACGCUCGCGUUUGAAGACCUCUG